UAUAAUACAGCUGCAAUAAUCUUAUAUGCGACCAAAGUGUCGCAUUUUUUAACGAUCAAACUGGAAAACGGGUUGCGAACGUCAUUCGCAAAUAGUAUAAGUCUGAUAGAUCAAGAGUUUGUCCAUAAUGUCGGUUGUGAUAUCGAGCUGUUUGUAAAGAAGCGCCUCAGUUCUGGGGUUCUUCUCUUUCCACCUGUGGGCAAUUACCGCCGUUAUCUCAUCCAUCAAACAUGUGAGAGCUACCGCCAGCAGUACGAUCUGUUCACGUUCUCAGUGGGGCAAGGGCCGCACCGACGCACGGUAUUGUGCUUUCGCAAUCAGCUCCUCGAUCCGCACGGCUUUGAAGCCCGCAAGCAACAACAGUUAAAGGAAAAGGAAAGAGACAAGCAGCAGAGGGACAGGGAGUCAGUGAAGAGCUGGCGGAGCAGUCAUCCCCCCACUAACGGUAGCAGCAACAACAACAACAACAACCACAGCAGAAGCAGCAGCGCCAGCAGAAGAAACAUAACGGCAACGGAGCUCUGUAAAAUGGGCGUUAAGAAGCAUAUCAACGAAGCACCAUUAAGCAAAUCGAACUCGGUGGAUCUGUACCGACCGCCAGCAUUGAGGAACAACAGCAGCAGCGAAGAGGCUGCCACACUCGAACACUCCGCCACUGCAACGAAACCAGACACCACAGAAGCAACAACAACAGCUGCAGGAACAGCAACAAUUACUGCAUCUUCCGGUCCUACCUCCACAGAUAGCAGAGAGCAACAAGUGGACGAGUCGUCGUCGUCAGUGGUCUCCGCCGAAGCAGCAGCAGCAGCAGCGACCCGUCGCAAACGCCGUCCCGAUCGCGCCGUUUAUGUGCCAAGGGCACGACGGAGUCAAACCACACCACCGACCAGUACCAGCACCAGCACUAGCACCAGCACCAAUACCAAUACCAACACCAGCACAACAACAAUAACGAUAGCAACAGGUAGUAGUACGCCAGCAGCAGCGGACAUUGUUGUCGCUCCGACGCCGGCAGUUGCAAAUACAACGCCAGUUGCAGAUACACACUCGCCCAAAGCGGACGAUACGAACGGUACGCAGCCUAAUCCCAAGAAAUCCAGGUCGCAUCGCGAGCGCAGAGAACGCGGCCGAAAAUCCGAGCAGGCAGCAUUAGCAGGAAGACACCAGGAAGCGGCAUCUACUGUACUCGUGAUAGCAGGAACUGAAAACGAAUCGCCGAACCAACAGCCGGCCAAGCCAGCGGAAAGUAUCGGCAACUGUGAUAGCGAGACCAUGAGCGGCGCCCAGCGAACCAAAUCUGGAAAAUCAGCUAGGAAUGGAAAACAGCAGCCUGUGCCGCCUUUGCGCAUCGAGGAUGUGGCCUCGGCCAGGACUAAUACCAAUGGCGAGGAGGCGGCCAAAUGUGAUAACGAUGUGCGCGAGCUGCAAAGGGCCUCAAAGGAAAUCAAUCGCAGUAAUCGUCGCAUUAUGAAACAAACCUUCGUCUCAGAUGUCUUGGAGAUUCCGGAAAAAAUUGAAACGUCGGUAGCCAAGCCCACAGACUCAGUAAGACCACCGCCUGCAGACAGCACCACCGAGGACGAUGAAGAGGAGGAGGAUGAGGAUGAUUGGGAGACCAAGUUUGACGAGAGCGGCGACUGCCUGGAUCCCAAGAUUCUUCAAGAACUGAGUGAAUCGGUGGGAAAAUGUAAAAUCGAAUUGCCCAAAAUGGACUACACCGUUUUCCAUAUCAAGCAAUCCCUGCUCAAUGAGGAGGAGUUCCCCCACGUAUUAGAAGUUUCCAAUUUCCCCGUGGAGUUCAAAACCCCCGAUCUACUCAUGCUGUUCUCUCAGUACAAGGGUAGCGGCUUUGAGAUUAAAUGGGUGGACGACACCCAUUGCCUGGCUGUGUUUAGCAGUUCACGUAUCGCUGCCGAAGUUCUGACGAUGGGACAUCCGUUUGUGAAAUUGAAGCCACUGGCCGAGGCCACACUGGAGUCGCGACUGAAGGCAAAGAAGGCCGGUGCCACCUCACUGCAACCGUAUCGCCAGCGACCGGAAACAUGCACGGCCUUGGCCCGUCGCCUGGUGUCCGGUGCAUUGGGCGUCAAACUGCCCACAGCGCCGCAGGAGCGUGAGAAGGAGAGGCGGGUACUACGCGAAGCCAAAGAACGCAAGCUGUUAGCUGCCAAACAGCGGGACGAGGCCUGGGAAAGCUAGGUCGCGGCCUCUGCUGGCAAUGUGCAUUUUUCUCGCAUGCCCCACGCAUGCCACCAACGACCCUCAACAAAACCGAUAAUAGCUACAAAUACUAAAAAAAAAACAAAAAGAAAAAGAAAAACAAAUACCGGGCCCAACACCCACAAAAACUCUCAAUCAAAGCUAUUAAAAUAAGCGUCAUUUGCAUGGCCAUGCAAUCUACUUUUAAAUGUUCGCUUUUUGUGCAAUUAACACAGAUUUUUGCUCAAUUUGUUGUAGUCUUAGAUGAUGAUGCAUUAACAGCAUAUUUGGUGCAAUGCAUAAUUUAUCGCCUAGGCCGUAAGAGAGAAUAUAUCUAUAUAUAUACAUAUAUAUAUUUAUUGGUCGUCGUAGAAGAUAAAAUUGCAUAUAUAUGAUAUGUACGUGUUGUUUUAACUCCAGGCGUAAAUCUUAAUUUUUAAGCGCAAGCAAUUUAUACAUACAUAUAUAUUUUAAUAAAGUUUAUAGCUCUUAAGUACGAAA